AUGAAGACCAACAGUGGAGACGCCGGCGGCAUCCAGGUGUCUGGCAUGCAGUUUAGUUACGACGGGCAGCCGCCGCUCUUCGUCCAGUUCGAUCUCGAAGUGACGCCCGGCUCACGGUGCCUCCUGAUCGGGGCCAAUGGAUCUGGUAAGCUUGGCAGUUCACGAUUUGGUCGCCUCGGUCCGUCUCCUUGUGAAGUCGCGAUUCUUUCUGCGGGAAUUGUUUUCAUGUGCGUCUGUUUGAGAUGAGAUCAUUAGAUCCGCUCCUGUGUUCUCGGUUUCGUGAUUUAUUUGGAUGCUGAAACCAUGCAAUCCUGUUCGCGCAUCUCCGAUUCUCCCGCAGUCUCUAUUUUAGGUUUUCACAUUCUCCUGUUGCUGAAAUGGCAGGAUAUUGGACCCGGUUUCUUUAUUUUCGUGCCUCGAAACUCUUAUUCAUUGUUUCCGUUUUCCUUUUGCAGGAAAGACCACGUUACUGAAGAUUUUGGCUGGGAAGCACAUGGUUGGAGGAAGAGACGUGGUUCGGGUGCUGAAUUGUUCCGCUUUCCACGAUACUCAACUGAUCUGCGGCGGUGACCUUGCCUACCUCGGUGGUUCGUGGAAUAAAACAAUUGGUUCUGCUGUGAGUUUCUGCCCCCUGUUCCAAUUAUUUUGUGUUAUCUAGUAUUUAAAUCUUCCGACUUCCCAGAACAUAGAAUUUUUGUGUAUAUUCCAGUGAUGGAUAUACAUAUAUCUUUGGGGUCAUAUUCGAAUAUGAUCAUUUCUCGCAUGAUUACGGUUUCCAGCACCGAAUAUUUAAGAUAAAUUUCCUGCCUUCAAGCUAUAUAAUCCUGAUGAUGUUGGUGAACAUUUUUUUUCUCUAGGGUGAUGUUCCACUGCAGGGUGAUUUCUCCGCGGAGCACAUGAUUUUUGGAGGUAGGGCUCUACAACCGACACGAUUUAUUCAUCAGUUUGAAUCAUAUCUGUCUUACUGUCAUGCUAUUUAUCUACGCAUUAGUGAUUUUUUAAUUUUAUUUUAUCAGGCCCAUGAAUAGUUUCAUGUCUUCUUUCCAGUACCACCUCUGUUGGUAGUCUAAGUGGUUAUAACCGUCAUCCUCUCCUUCUCAGAAGGCUUAGCCACACACCGUACUGAUGGAACUAGAAUUAUCUCAAAUCAAUUUUUUUUGUUGACGAUUACUAAUUUUGAUGUCUCAUAUUUUUAAGUUUGUUCAAAAUAUUCUGGAUCUUCUUGUAAAUGCGAUAUCUUCUCUUUUUUAGUCGUCUUUUGAAUAUAAAGCCUAACAAAGGUGACAAUUACCCUCGGAAUUUGACAGAAUCGGGGCUAUCCGACUGAAUCAGCAAUGAACACCAUUUAGCUAGUGAAAAUCCUCAUCGAAAAGUGUUAAGGGGCAAUGUGUUUGUGUCCAUAAAUCUAUUAAGUCUAUUAAAUUAUAUCUAGCAAGGCCAUAAUCUCAUGAGGUUCAACGUGGCAGAAAACUAGUCAGGAAUAGAAAAGUACACUGUUCACAAUUCGAUCAUCAGUCGGGGAACCACCGUUUUCUGUUGAAGAAACGGCUACCCGGAUGUCUGCCAUCAACUACGGAUGCUCCAUUUGAUUUGGAGAUCUUACUCAAUGUCCCUGACAAGCUUUUCUCAAUCUCUUAUGUUCCUCACCCAAGAUUUGCAGACGAAUACCUAACUUUGGUGAAGCAGGUGAACCAGAAAUCUCUUAAAUCCUGCUCCCGUUUCAUGAUUUUGUCCUAGCAGUGGAAGGGGUCGACCCUACCAGGCGAGAGAAACUGAUCGACCUGCUCGACAUCGACCUACAAUGGCGGAUGCACAAAGUCUCCGACGGGCAGCGCCGGCGAGUCCAGAUAUGCAUGGGGCUCCUCCAUCCUUUCAAGGUCAGCAAUCCUCCUCCCCUCCCCUCCGUUUCUCCGAAUCUUCGACGCAGGUCGAGGCCCUGAAACCAUAAUCUCCCCAGGUCCUGCUGCUCGACGAGAUCACCGUCGACCUCGACGUCGUCACCAGGAUGGAUCUCCUCGAUUUCUUCAAGGAGGAAUGCGACCAGGUAGGGUUCUCCACCGCCACCGCCGUCGCCGCCGCCGGCGACUGAAAUCCUGUUCUCCGUUCGCAGAGAGGAGCGACCAUCGUCUACGCCACCCACAUCUUCGACGGGCUCGAGACCUGGGCCACCCACGCGGCCUACAUCCAGGACGGCGAGCUGAGGAGGUCCGAGCCGCUCUCGGAGCUCCCGGAGAUGAAGGGCGCCAAGAACUUGCUCUCUGUGGUCGAGUCGUGGCUCCGCGCCGAGACCAAGCGCCCCCAGAAGGCCGCCGCCGCCUCCUCCCCUUUCGGCAACUCCCCCUUCAGAUCCUCCAGGCACAUGGCCUACUUCCGUUGA